ACCUCGUGAUCCGCCUGCCUCGGCCUCCCAAAGUACUGUGAUUACAGGCAUGAGCCACUACGCCCAGCCCUAAGUUUAUCUUUUAACCCUUGUACCUUUUGGGGGAGUUUUUACAUUAUAAUUUUUAAUUUCCUGGGAAAUUAAAAAAAAAUCCAUAGAGUUCUAUUCUUAUUUCAUAGAGGAAGUAUCUCUGAUUAUUUUUCAAAUUACGAAAUUUUCAAACACAUAUACAAGUAUAAUAGUAUAGUGUACCAAUCAUCCUAUUUUGUUGUUUCCUGAUGAGAAGACAUACAUAUUUAGCAUUAGCCAGCAGGACUCAGUUUAGAUUAUUCAAUUUUGUUGGCAACAUCCAGAGCAUGGUAACCAGGAGCCAGUCAAACAUAUGCUUUCUUCUUUCCAUCAGGCUUGAUCAAGGUGUUGGCCUUGGCCACAUCAGUGUCAUAGAGCUUCUUCACAAGCCUGUGAGGAAGGCUUGUUGUUGACUUUAAGAUCCACAAUGAGCACAAGUGUGUUACCUUCUAUCUUAUUCAUGGCAGACUCAGUAGGAAUUUGAUGAUAGCACAGUGGUCAAUGUUGUUUCUCCUGAGGGUGCUCUUCUGAAGAUACGUGGGCUGCCUCCAGAGUCUCAGUUCUUGGGCUGCUAGAAGGGAGGACUUUGGGUGAAAUGCAUCCCUCCUGUGACUGGACUGGAGAAACAAGAACAGAAGCAUCUUCAAGAAUGCUCAAACAAGAAACUCUCCACUCUACUAUGCAGGCUUAUGUACUCAUAAAAAUGGCAGUUAUGGACCUAUCUUCCACAUGGGCUUUCACUAAACAGGACUCUGCCCAUUUCCAUCUGAGAAAUGCUGAAGAGGAAAGGAUGAUUGCUAUAUUUCUGACAACCUGGUUACAGGAACCAAUGACUUUCAAAGAUGUAGCUGUGGAGUUCACUCAGGACGAGUGGAUGAUGCUGGAUUCUGCUCAAAGAAGUCUGUACAGAGAUGUGAUGUUGGAAAACUAUAGAAAUCUCACCUCCGUGGAAUACCAAUUGUGCAAGCUUACUGUGAUCUCCCCAUUGGAUCAAGAAGAGAUAAGGAAUAUGGAAAAGAGAAUUCCCCGAGGCAUCUGUCCAGACCAGAAGAUUCUACCUAAAACCAAAGAAUCAACUGUGCAGAAAAUUUUAUGGGAGGAGCCAUCCAGUGCAGUGAAAAUGAUAAAAUUCGCAAUGCAUAAUUGGUCCUCCACAUUAAAAGAAGACUGGGAAUUCCAUAAGAUCAGAAAACAGUGUAAGAUUCCAGGGGAACAUUGGAGGCUAGUGACAUAUGCCCCAAAGAAAACAGUAUCUCAGGAGCUAUUCCGUGACGAUCAUGAAUUAGAGGAAACCUCUAAACUUAGAUCAAAACUUAUUUUUUCACAGAGCAUUUUCGCCAGUAAACAUUGCCAAAAAUGUUACUCAGAGAUUGGAUGUUUGAAACACAAUUCAAUCAUAAACAAUUAUGUGAAAAACUCUGUAAGUGAGAAGCUCUAUGAAAGUCAUGAAUGUGAUACAACUAUAUGGCAUCUUCAGAGAAAUCAGACAGUACAAAAAGAGUACACAUAUUCUAAACAUGGAAUGCACUUCACACAUAAUAUGUUUCACAUACCUAACAAUUUGCAUAUGGCACAGAAUUCCUGUGAAUGUAAUAAAAAUGAAACCCUGUGUCAUCAAUCAUCCCUUAAGAAACAAGGACAAACUCAUACUGAAAAGAAACAUGAAUGUAAUCAAUGUGGAAAAGCCUUCAAAAGGAUUUCUAAUCUUACUUUACACAAGAAAAGUCACAUGGGUGAGAAACAAUAUGAAUGUAAAGAAUGUGGUAAAGUAUUCAGUGAUUCCUCAACCUUAAGGAGACAUAUAAGAACUCACACUGGAGAGAAACCCUAUGAAUGUAAUCAGUGUGGAAAAGCUUUCAGUCAAAAAACAUCCCUUAAGGCUCACAUGAGAACUCACACUGGAGAGAAACCUUAUGAAUGUAAUCAGUGUGGAAAAUCCUUCGGCACAAGCUCUUACCUUAUAGUGCACAAGAGAAUACACACUGGAGAAAAACUCUAUGAAUGCAGUGAGUGUGGAAAAGCCUUCAACACGAGCUCUCACCUUAAAGUUCAUAAGAAAAUUCACACUGGAGAGAAUCUUUAUGAAUGCAGUGACUGUGGGAAAGUUUUCAGUGGGCUCUCAUCCCUUAGAAUGCAUGUAAGAACUCACACUGGAGAGAAACCCUAUGAAUGUAAGGAAUGUAGGAAAGCCUUCAGUGUUUCCUCUUCCCUUAGGAGGCAUGUGAGAAUUCACACUGGAGAGAAACCCUAUGAAUGCAUUCAAUGUGGAAAAGCCUUCAGUCAGAGCUCUUCACUUAUUAUACACAAGAGAAUUCAUACUGAGAGAGAAACUGUAUACCAGAUUAGUUCUAACAAAAUACAGAAGGAGCGGCAUACGGUGGAAGAAAGAAGGCAGUGGCUGCUGUUGUAGCUAUUCAUGUUAGCCUCAGAGGAUGGUGAGACAUCCAGAUGAAGAGGUUGGUACGCAAUUCUAGAACUGAGGAGGUGUCUAGAUAGAGAUACAAAUUUUAGUGACAUCAGUAAAGAGACUGUAACAGGUUUUGUGAAGGUGAAUAAGAAUGAAAAGAGAAUGUCUGCCACCUACCCUGAAGACGUACAUUUAAAGGAACCAUAGUAGAGAGAUAAGAAAACAAGAAGAGUGGAGUUUCACUGAACCAAGACAAACGAGUUUCAAAAAGGAAAGUGAAGUUGGCCAGGCAUGGUGGUUCACGCAUGCAAUCUUGGCACUUUGAGAGGCUGAGGCGGGCAGAUCAUAAGAU